AUGCAUGCCAGCACUGCGGGCGGCACGGCUCACCGCCAGGUGAUCGGCAACUACGAACUCGGCCGUGUCCUCGCCACGGGUGACUUCGACUGUCGCACGCGUCUGUGCAGGCACAUCACCACCGGUGUGCGGUAUGUGGUGCGCGUGUACGACAAGCGCGUGCUGGCGGAGGCGCAAUGGAUGUGGAACCGUGUGGCGGAGUCGAUCCGGGUGCAGCGCACCCUGCCAAAAAACAAGUAUGUGCUGGAGAUGGUCGAGUGCUUCGAGUCGAACACAUCCGUGUACAUGCUGAUGCGUCUGUUUCCGUCCAUGAACAUCACCAAACUCUUCACGGACGCCGCAGCACGUGCAAAGCUGCUGUCUUGCCUGCAGGCCAUGCCGCAAGCCCCUGCUCAUUCUUCUGCCGCGGCGACCUCGACUGGCUCACCGACAACGGAGCCAGAGAAAACGGCGGAGGGAACACCUCACCGGAAGCUGAGCCGCUUGCGUGCGCUGCCGGCCAUCGAUCCGACGACCCCCAUCACACCGCAAGUGACGUCGUCGAUUACGCCUUCCGCGACGAGCGCACUCAAAAGCGUCUCGUCGCGCGGGCUGAAGACGAACAUGCGGACCCCCAGUGCAUCUGCAGCGGAGUCACAGUCGUCAGGUCAUGGCACCGAGGAGGCGGCUGAUGCGAACGAAUUCUUUCUCCGCGGCAGAGGCAAGCAAGAGAGUACCCCCAGCACCGCCGCCUCGACGAUGGCGAUAGCCUCUGUCAACGCCUUCCUUGGCACGGCGGUGCCGUCGCACGUGCCGCUGUCGCUCAUUCGCGACCUCUUCGAGCAAGCCGUGAAGGGUGUGUCGCACCUGCACCAGUACAACGUAGUCCACACCGGCAUCGCUCCUGAUCACCUCCUGGUGGGGACCAAUGGUCUGCUGCGUAUCAGCAACAUGGUUUCGUGUUGUUUUUGUGCGCAAGGUGAACGGCUGCAUGAGCUCCGCGGCACGCGGCACACCGUCGCUCCGGAGGUGCUGCGGGGCGAGUCCUACGACCCCUACCUCGCCGAUGCCUGGGCUCUCGGUGUCGUCCUGUACUUCAUGCUGAACCGUGGUCGCUACCCACACGACGGCGCGAGCACCCUUCGACACAUUCUCCACGGCCGAGUGCGGCCCUCACGGCCUGGACUGCCGUCCGUUGCACUGGACCUCGUCUCCCGCCUACUGCAGGGGUCCCCAGAGGAGCGGCUGCCGGUCGACGCCAUCCUAACCCAUCCCUUCUUCUCAGCGCCUUUUCCAACCAUUGCCGAAGAAGCAGCAGCGGAGGCGGCGGAGCUGCAGGCGCAGCAUGUGCGCCACCGACUCACCACCGGUGCGGCUGCCCAUGGCGGGCACAGCGUUGUGAGCUACAGAGACGACGGAAACGGGCGUCGACUGCGAAGCAACGAGACAGCGGUCGACGCCGGCAGGCGGAAAGCAUCAUCGCCGCGCUGGGAGUCACUCAUGACAUUUGAGAGUGGCGACAACAUCACCGGCAGAGAUGAGGUGGACAGUUCGGGGCUCGACCCUCAACACGACGACGGCGACGCAUCCGCAGAAGACGGCUCGAGACGGAGCUGCAGAGACACGGUCUGCCCGCCACGAGUCGGUCUUCCCACGCACCAGCCUUCUGCUGCGCCGCGGUCCCCGUCGGCGUCCGUGAAACGCGCGCACCUCGCCGCGUCCUCCCUCGCCAAGACGAGGCCGUGCCAAUCGGUGGCGGGGUCCGUGUCGGCAUCGCCCCGCCCCGUCUGGUGCCCCCAGCUGGCGCCGACGCUAGACGCUCUGGAAGACCUCGCAGGACGUGUAAUCCAGUACCACUACCGCCAAAUGAAGCACCGCCAGCGGUAUCGAGCGGAGACCCGUACGCUGGUGGAGCACAGUCAGAGCAUGCGUCGAGCAAAGGUGGAAGAAGAGGGCAUCGGCGGUCGACAGCAGUCCUUGCUCGGUCUAGUCCCCGCCGUCGCUGUCGUAUCCAGGCCGCUGAGUCUUGACCUUGUAUCGUCGUCCGCAGGCACGGCAACGCCGAAGCAGGACGAGGUGCUUCACCGGCAACGGCAGCGACAGCAGCAACCAAGCGACUUGUAUCUGAAGCGGAAGCCGGUGAUGGCGGUGAAUGUGUUGGACGCUGCGGCAGGCUCGCAGUCGCCAAGCUCCGUCCGCCGUCGGGCUGCGACCAACAACAGUGUUGCCACGGGUGGUCAUUUGGAGGACGAGCCGCUGUCCCACUGGCACAAGCCCGGCACGGCUUCUCCAGCCUCGACAAUCCAGUCCGUGCUUUUGACGGGGGCAAGCAGCGCUGUCAUCGGCAUCCGCUCAGGCUCACCCGGCAGCCUCGACCGCGACGAUGACGGCACCGAGAGCAGCCUCAUCAGCAGCCUCGACGGUGCGCUGCGCGCGAACGUAGCCGAGGACACCAAUGUUGUCGCCUCCCUCGACACAAUCCCGCAAGAGUCGCUGAAGCUCCCUGUACCUCUUCCACUCAAUCAGCGCAGGCCCGGCAACGGCGUUCGGGCGUGCAGUACCCCAGCCAACAGCGUUUUCAUCGCACCGCCCCCGGUUCGCCCCUCUUCCAACUCCAGCGCGCUGCCUACGCUAGCGUCGCUCCACGGCUUGGGCGGCAGUUUCGGUCGCUCCGCCGAUUGCGCGCGCGUGGGGGAGGGGAUGAUGGUGAAGGAUGAUGAGAGGUGCCCCCUGUGCCACCGCGAGCCCUACAUGACGCGGGCUAUCGGUGUUCGCCCAUACGGGGGCACCUCGUACGUCUACGCCAAUGGGAAAUUUACGAAGGUGUUGUCGGAGUGA